CUCGGGCCCUCGCCCGCCGCGCCGAGCGAGCCUCUUCCGGGCAGCGUGGCGAGGGGCGGCGCGGAGCCGAGCCGGCAGCGUGCGGCGGCCGCGGGUGGUGUGUGGCAUCGGCACGGAUCCCAGGCCUGCAGCAAACAAGCCUCCCUGCUGGGGGAUCGUCCUUUCCAGGGGAGGAACACACCGAAUAACUUGGAGGUCAGGCACCUGGUAGCCAGGAGGAAUACGCCGAAUAACUUGGAGAGUUUUUGAAGAUGUCAGCAGAUAUACCAUUAAAUAUUAAUAUCAAGGAGCCCCGAUGGGAUCAAAGCACUUUUGUUGGGCGAGCCAGUCACUUCUUUACUGUAACAGACCCCCGAAAUAUUCUGUUAUCUGAUGCCCAACUGGAAAAUGCAAGAAAAAUUGUUCAUGACUACAGACAAGGUAUCGUGGCACCUGGCUUGACAGAAGAUAACUUGUGGAGAGCAAAAUAUAUCUAUGAUUCAGCCUUUCAUCCAGACACUGGUGAAAAGAUGGUCUUGAUUGGCCGAAUGUCAGCUCAGGUACCCAUGAACAUGACUAUCACAGGUUGUAUGAUGACCUUUUAUAGAACGACACCAGCAGUGGUUUUCUGGCAGUGGAUUAACCAGUCCUUCAAUGCUAUUGUAAAUUACACGAACAGGAGCGGUGAUGCCCCAAUUACUGUCAGCGAGCUGGGAACAGCCUAUGUUUCUGCUACCACGGGUGCUGUCGCAACAGCUUUAGGACUUAAUGCACUAACAAAGCAUGUCUCACCUCUUAUAGGACGGUUUGUUCCUUUUGCUGCUGUUGCUGCUGCUAACUGCAUUAAUAUUCCACUAAUGAGACAAAGGGAACUCAAGUUUGGAAUCCCCAUCACAGAUGAGAACGGAAACAGACUGGGUGAAUCAACAAAAGCAGCUCAGCAGGCAAUUACCCAGGUGGUUAUAUCAAGGAUUCUUAUGGCUGCUCCUGGCAUGGCAAUUCCUCCCUUCAUAAUGAAUACAUUGGAAAAGAGAGCCUUUUUAAAGAUCAGCAAAAAUGAGCGAUUUCUUCAGUGACUACUCAGUGGUCUUUGGUACCAUCAUGACCGUUUAUGCUCACCUGUUCCUCCCCCUCAGCCUCAAAGACUGUGAGUUCAGGUGAAAACACUGCUCUGCAGGUAGUCAGUGGUAACACUUGGUAGAGAUUAGUAUUAAAACCAUUAAGGAAUGAGCUGCAUUUUUAACAAGCAGCUUCUGCAUGUCCUCUUGAGGUUUCAGAAGCACCAUCCCAUUUGUAGUACUCCAACACCAUCCACACGAUGCUUUACUAACUCAUUAUUCUUAGCCUUUGCUUUGCACACCAUCAGUCUUGAAAAUAAUUCUUGUAUGCUUGCCAAAGCCUAUUAAGCAACACACAGGGCCAGAAAAUAGGCAAAUGGUUGUGAAAUAAUGAAGAAAAUAGACUGGUGUUCUGCAUUAAGAUAGAAAGAAAUGCUUCUGGAAUGCUGGUCUCAGUGAUAGCAGGCUAUCAUCCUCUGAUAUUUAAAAUAAGAUGUAAGUUAUAUAGCACUGUUCAUCCCCCAUACUCCAACAUCAUUUUGCAUGAGAACAUUUUGAUGGUAACAUUAGUAUGAAUUAACAAUAUUCCCAAAAGUUAUUGCAGAAAAUUACUCAAGAAUGUUUUUAGAAUACAAGCACAUACUUACUGCUUCAAAAAGAAUCUAAUCAUUUCUUGACUUGAAAAA